GAAAAUAUAUAAAGUUAGAUGUUUGGUUUCACACAUUUCUGCUUUUCCCGUUCUGUGACGCCACUUAAAAGGGGGCGGAGUCAGUGCAGGAAUCAGGAACAAUCUGUAUAUUAUAUAGUGAGCAGUCAUCCAACCUGUAAGGUUUUAACCUGAAAGCGAUGCCAACAUGCGCUCUCCGCGGAAACACUUCGCUACUAAAGGAGCGUGGGGGAAACUGCCCUUGUGCUUUUUGGCGAUUCUGUCAGUUUGUAUGUGUCUCUGCCGAGCAGAAUACAGUUCGAUGGAAAACAUCGUGACUGAGAAAAAGGCUGAAGAAAGCCAUCGACAGGACAGUGCCGACCUGCUAAUUUUCAUCCUACUCCUCACCCUCACCAUCCUCACAAUAUGGCUCUUCAAACACCGCAGAUUCAGGUUUUUACACGAGACUGGCCUGGCGAUGAUCUAUGGAUUGCUGGUUGGGGUUGUGCUGCGUUACGGGAUCCACGUGCCCCGUGACAUCAACAAUGUCACGAUGAGUUGCCAUGUCAAUGCCAGUCCACCCACGUUGCUGGUUAACGUAAGUGGCAAGUUCUACGAGUACACACUGAAGGGCCAGAUCAGCGCCAACGAGGUCAAAGAUGUCCAGGACAACGAGAUGCUUAGGAAGGUGACCUUUGACCCAGAGGUGUUUUUUAACAUUCUGCUGCCUCCAAUCAUAUUUCAUGCGGGAUACAGCUUAAAGCGGAGACAUUUUUUCAGGAACAUGGGCUCCAUUUUGGCCUAUGCCUUUGUUGGAACUGUGGUGUCCUGCUUCAUCAUUGGCUCACUGAUGUAUGGCUGUGUGACGCUUAUGAAGUAUACUGGCCAGCUGGCAGGAGACUUCUUCUUCACUGACUGCCUGUUCUUUGGUGCCAUCGUUUCAGCCACAGAUCCAGUGACCGUCCUGGCCAUUUUCAACGAUUUACAGGUGGAUGUCGACCUCUAUGCUCUGUUGUUUGGAGAGAGCGUGUUAAAUGAUGCUGUUGCUGUGGUGCUUUCCUCGUCUAUUGUUGCAUAUCAGCCCCAGGGAGACAACAGUCAUACAUUUGAAGCAAUGGCCAUGCUAAAGUCGUUUGGUGUCUUUCUGGGUGUCUUCAGUGGUUCCUUUGCUCUUGGAGUGGCUACUGGUAUAAUGACUGCCUUGGUUACCAAAUUUACCAAGUUGCGGGAUUUUCCACUGCUAGAAACGGCCCUCUUCUUCCUCAUGUCCUGGAGCACAUUCCUGUUGGCUGAGGCAUGUGGCUUUACAGGUGUGGUAGCGGUUCUUUUCUGUGGAAUUACCCAGGCUCAUUACACCUAUAACAACCUCUCCCCAGAGUCACAGGACCGGACCAAGCAAUUAUUUGAGCUGCUAAAUUUCCUGGCUGAGAACUUCAUCUUUUCCUACAUGGGCCUGACCCUGUUCACCUUCCAGAACCAUGUCUUCAACCCAAUUUUCAUCGUGGGAGCAUUUUUGGCCAUUUUCUUGGGCCGUGCAGCUAAUAUUUACCCGCUCUCCUUCCUGCUCAACUUGGGCCGCAGGAACAAAAUAGGUUCCAACUUACAGCACAUGAUGAUGUUUGCAGGUCUCAGAGGGGCCAUGACUUUUGCCCUUUCUAUCAGAGACACAGCCACAUACGCACAACAGAUGAUGUUCUCCACCACACUGCUGGUGGUUUUCCUCACUGUUUGGGUAUGCGGAGGAGGCACCACUCAGAUGUUGUCUUUCCAGCGCAUCCGUGUUGGAGUGGACUCGGACCAGGACAAUUCGAUUGGCCCCCUUGACGGAUUGGAGAGGAGGAGCACCAAACAGGAGAGUGCUUGGUUGUUUAGAAUUUGGUACAACUUUGACCACAACUAUCUUAAACCCAUUCUGACUCACAGCGGGCCUCCACUCACAGCCACCCUGCCAUCCUGCUGUGGUCCACUGGCCCGAUGCCUCACCAGCCCACAGGCGUGUGAGAACGAGGGCCAGCUGAAGGACGAUGAUUCAGACCUUAUCCUGAACGACGGGGACAUCAGCCUGACUUAUGGGGACAUCGCGGUUAGCACUGAUGCGACAGGCGCACACAUGAUCAGCAUUCCGGCCGGUGCAGCGGGCGUCUACUCUGAUGAGGCUCUGGACCGAGAGUUGACCUUUGGCGACCACGAGCUGGUGAUUCGAGGCACGCGCCUUGUGCUACCCAUGGAUGAUUCAGAGCCGCCUCUACGCCACCGGGAGAUUUGAGCUGCAUGUAAAUUAAAUCUUGAAGGAAGUCAAAGGCUUUCCUGCCCCUCUUUCCAUCACCAACACAGUCUGGAGCGAUCUCUCUCUCUCUCUCUCUCUCUCUCUCUCUCUCUCUCUCUCUCUCUAUCACUACCACUAUCUUCUUUCUGAAGUAGCUGGUUUGAUGUCUCUACCUCAUUCGUCGUUUUGUUUUUGCUUCUCUAAACACGACUUGUGAAACCAUGUCAGUUCUUGCCAUCCAUUUUUUUUGCCAUUUUUGUCCGCACAGCUUGACUGUUAAACAUUAUGGCAUCUUCAGGCAGUGUGACAUUGUCUGUCUCAGAGGGUUAGAGUGAGAAGCGAUAGAGCAGUGCUUUCUUGUCUGCAUAAUAAGGUGUGAAAUAGCUGUCCAUGCAAAUUCUUGCUUCCUGUUGGUGUGUGAGACAUAGUUCAAAAAGUGUAUUCAGGCUUGGGCAGUGGAAAAAAAAUGCUCUUAGACUUUCAAACCGCCUUCUUUAUCUGAACAUCAGAUCAGAGGCAUGGUACCCUGAUGGCUCAGUGUUUGUUAUGUGGUUGCAAUCAAGUGCCUGUCGAAUGUAAUUUUGACCUAUUCUUGGAGCAAAACAACACUGCCAUCCACUAGAGGGAGGCCUUGUAUCUUAAUACUGAACUUUGUGCUGUCAGCUUCAAUUUGGCAACAUGAGGGACUUGCUGUAGUUUUGACUGGCUGCUGAGGGAUGUCUGUACAAUCAGAAGGCCCAGAGCUCACCUACUGACCUUAGACUGUGACUCCGGCGGUCUUACUUCAAAGAACAGAAACAUGUAUAUGGUGUAAAGUGUUCUUUCAGUGGGAUUCAUGGUACAAAAUCUGAGGCUAUGUCUUUCUGAUUUGUUUGCAUUUCACAGUCACAAAAGAUCAAUAUUAAUUUUACCUGCUCUACUACUGAAAUGUCAUGUUUAACAGUGAAUGACAAAUGAUGUGUCAUCUGUAUUACUAAUAUCAACCAAAUAAUAGAUAAAAAAAAAGAGGAUUUUUACCAGUGCUAGUGCAGACCUGUUAAGGUCUAAAGAAGAACAUUUCACAGCAUUGUGUUAGAUUUUUUUUGUAGGCCUUUUGAUGUACUAACCUUUGCAUGAGGUGUGCUAUGUGGAGAUGCAUCUUUGUGGGUUUUUUUGCGCCAUUUUGCAUUUUUAUAGCGAAUUGAAACAUCGUCGUCCAGGUUGGCGUGUUAUGUCACUGCAGCACAAAUUAUUUAUGUUUUUUUUUUCCUAAGUUUAGAGAGAGUAUGGAUGAAGGAGAAUUUUAAGCAUGAUAUUAAAGGGCUGAAUGAACAGGUAUUAAUACUGUUUUAAUAUAGUUCUUUUGGUGGGGAAAAAAGUCUAGAGGAAAUCGACCAUUUCCUGUUUGAGUGAAAUGUUAGGGUGUGGUGCAGCGAUGAGAUGAACAACGGCACUGAUGGUGUGUGAGCGCAACUGCGUGUUUGUUGCAGUUGUACUAAAUUGUAUGUAUGUAUGAGAUGGAUAAAAAAAUGUCUUGAUUUUUAAUACACUGUCUAUUAAAAAGGAUAUGAAUUCAGUUUAAAAAGGUGUGAACAACCCAUUAAGAGAUUUUUGUGUUGCAUUUAUGUAUCUUAAGAGUGUGUGUGUGUGUGUGUGUGUGUGUGUGUGUGUGUGUGUGAAUGCUCAAAAAAACAAGCUGACUUUCUAGAAGGGUGGUGGUUGCCUUUAAUGGAAUGCACUCAUAAUGCAAUGGGUCUUCUGAAUGAAACAGUAAAAUAAGACACUGUAUGUGUUAGAAUGUUGCUGUAGAUCUAGGCCCUUGAUGAAAAAAGCAAGAGAGGAGAUGAUGCAGAGAAUGAGUGAUGGGCGUCUAAAAGAAGAGUGAACAAGCUUUCAGUAUAGCGUUAUCUCCUGCUGUGCAGGAUAUUUUCCCAGAGGGCAAUGUAGCAUUCCUGUAGGCCUGCCUCUAGAUAACAUGGCCCACAGAAACAGAGUGUUUAUAUUUGCAUGGUUACCAAAUGAAGGAAUUCAGUAUGCUUGCAGUCUUCGCACUUUGUUUAGCUUUUUAUGUCUUGAAGUAUCAAAUUAUUUUAUUGUCUGAUGGUAAAUGAUUUUUAGGUUAAAAUGGCAUAAAGAUGAACAGACCUGCUGUUAGACUGAGAUCAGCUUUGCUCAUUUGUCACGUGAAGAGAGGAUUUUAGCAGAUACGCUUUUCUCCGUAUGUUACCUUAAUAUCUAAGAGUAGCAGUCUAGCAAUGUCAUAAAUAUAUCAUACAUUUAUGAGCAAGAAUAAUUGCAAACUUGCAGCCAGUGUCUUUACUUGAACCAGUGUACUCUUUUGAUUGGCCAUUCGCCUGUGAGGUUUAAAAAAAAACCCAAUUGAGCUCAAAAUGUUAUUACUUAAAAUGAGCAAGAUUUGUUUUGUAUGUUGUUCCUGAAAUGUGUUGUAACUUCCCUAAAGACUUAAUUGAUGAAUAAAAGCCACCUAGUUACUGUUGUCAUUUCUGUUGAUGGAAAAUAUUUCUUUAAGUAAAGUGUAUUUCCUCUCCAUGUCUGUUACAUAUUUUUGAUCUUGAGUUUCUUGAGCAAUGAGGGAUCAGGUUCUGCUUAUUACAGAGUGGUAAGUCUGUGUUUAGCUCUACUGUUCUUCUGCUGCUUGUCCAGGAUAACGUAUAAUCAGCUUCGUUGUCCAUGGCCACUCAAACACUUUUAUAUGAGUGAUCGCUUGUCCUAAUUGUUUGACCUAUAACAGAAAGAAGCAGAUCAACUUGCAGAUUUGCCUAUGUUGUGUUUUUACUGAUGCUAGUCACAUCAUGUGCAGUCUCUGUUAUUACAUGUCGCAGGUACUGACUGUUUACAUAUGUGUAAAUACGAUCAUCUGUUCAUGUGCGUGCAAUGAUCAAUAAAUAGAAGCCUGUGAUUUCAA